AUGCAAGACAGGAUCUUCAAGAGCCUGGGCAUCGAGACACCGGGACAAAGGCAGCAACAAAGGGGCCGGUCUAAAAGCAACCAUCCGGGAGCACGAGUACCACAGACCAGAAAGGACCAGAGAAAGGCUCAGAGAGAACAGAAAAAGGCCAGCGCAUACUCGAGAAACGGCAACAAGCCUCAUCAUUCGUCAAAACCCUCGGUGACCGCCACGCCCAAAUCUGCUCCCAAGAAGUCGGCAUUCACUGCUAGCAACGUGCCGUCAAACCUGGAAGGGUCAGAAGACGAUGACUUGGAAGGCCCGGGCUUGGAAGAAGAAGAUGACUCGAAAGAAGCGGAUAGUUUUGAUGGAUCCGAUGACGAGAUAGAUCUUGAGGAGAGUGACCAGGGCGAAGAGACCCUGGCCCACAAAUCCAAAAUCUCGAGCGCAGCGCAAGCAAAACUGGACCAGGAUGACGCAGAGAUUGAAGAGCUUGAGCGAAAACUCGGAAUCAAGAAGGGAAGAAAGUCUCUCCCCAAGUCCUUCAAGGAGGAUGGACUCGACCUUCUUCUGGGUGACUUAGAUGGCCCAGGUGGUGAUGAUGAGUCUGAGGAUGACGAGAAAGAUUCAUCCAAGAGGAAGCGUGACUACGACGACUGGCUUUCCGCAAAGAGGAGGAAGACUGAGUUGAAACCCUACCUGGCCAAAAAGGGCACUGACGAAGUGUCGGAACUGGAAGACGACGACGGCCUGAGCUUGAACGAUGAGGGGGACUUUGACGAUGGAGAGUCAUAUGAUGGAUUAGAUGACACUAAUGCCGAGCAACCGACCCGUCAAAGAGAAAACCCAUACGUCGCUCCGACGACAGGACCAGUGGUAGCAAAAUAUGUGCCACCGUCACUGCGGAAACAGAUGGGAGGCCAAAGGGAGGCUACGGAACGCCUGCGCAAGCAGUCCCAGGGUCUGAUCAACCGUCUGACCGAUGCCAACAUCUUGUCCAUUGUCCAGGGGGCCGAGGAGAUCUACCAGAAGAAUGCACGAGGAGAUGUCACAGAGAUGCUGACGGACGUCAUUCUGGCCCAGGUCUGCAAGCCCGAGGCCCUUCCAGAUCAGUUCUUCGUCCUCAUGGGUGGCUUCGCAGCAGCCGUCUACAAGAUCAUCGGUUCGAGCUUUGGGUCUCACCUGAUUCGACGCGUAGUCAAUGACUUUGGGCAGGAAUACGAAAAGGCCAGCGCCGUUCAGACGGACGAGUCAGCUAUCCCCAAAGAACCUUCCAACCUUCUCACGUUCCUGUCUCAGCUCUACGUGUUCGAGGUGAUUCGUUGCAAGAUCCUUUUCGACUAUAUGGAGCGGCUCCUUGAAGACCUUACCGAACUCAAUGUCGAGCUGUUGCUACGAAUCUGCCGUAACGGAGGGCGUCUUCUCCGCAGAGACGAUCCACAGGCUCUCAAGCAUAUUUCUGGCGCACUCAACAAAGCUGUCUCCAAGAAGGGACACGACAAUGUCUCUGUCCGCACCAAGUUUAUAGUCGAGACCAUCGACCAACUGAAGAAUAAGAAGGCGAAGGGCAAAGGAAUGGAUUCCGCCAUGGUUUCGGAACACGUGGUGCGUAUGAAGAAGCAUUUGGGCGAGCUCAAGUCCCAGACGCGAAGGCUUGACGGCCUGACGCCCAUGGGUGUGGAUCUCGAGGAUAUCAUCAAGGCCGACACACGAGGCAAGUGGUGGCUCGUCGGAGCCAGCGUUCCCGUCAAAAAUCAGCGGCCAAAAGUCGAUGGAGGGGACACAGAUGAAGAUGCAGACAGGAGCGAUGCCAAUGGUACGGAUGUUGCGUCUGACACGGAGAGUGAAGACUUGGACUUCCUUCUACCCGACUACCCGAAGAAAGCUCGCGAACAGGGACUAGGGACUCCGUCCCAGAUUGCCAUAUUCACUGCCAUCAUGAUGGCCCCUGACGCCGACACUGGCUACCGUCAGUACCUCAACCUCAAACUUCGGAGGGAUGACAGGCUGGAAAUUGCCCGUGUUCUCGUUCAGUGCGUCGGCAGCGAGGCUGAGUACAACCCGUACUAUGCCGCCGUGGCCAUGCGAGUGUGUGACAACAACAACAAGGUCCGGUUCGCCUUCCAAUCGCGCCUGUGGCAAAUAUUCAAGGCCAUGGGGGAGUCCUUAUUUGAUGAGGACAGCGAUGAUCAAGAUACAGCCGAUGCUAUCCGUUUCCGGGAUGAGACGCGUGUGUGCAAGGUGGCCCGGUUCUACGCGGACCUCAUUGCACAAGGUUCUCUACGAAUCUCGGUCCUCAAACCCCUCAAUCUUACCGAGAUUGAGCCACACACGCACAUAUUCCUCGAGUCCCUCCUUGUUGGUCUCUUGCAGGAGUGCAAGUCAAAGAAACCGGAGAGGGAAGACAGUCGAGUGGAAAAGGCGUUUGGUGGCGCACGUGAGUUCACACAGCUGUCCGCUGGCCUCGAUUGGUUCAUGAGGGAGAGGCUCCAGAAGACCAAGGCGCUGAGUUCGACUAAACUGAAGAAGUUGGAUGGUGUGAAGCGGAAAGCUCGGGUAGCCAUCCAGGGAGUGGACGAAGAGUGA